UCCCUGCGCUGCGCACUGACUAAGUUAUCGACAAGAUGCCAACAGAACUACCUUACGCCGCCGAUGCUGAAGUAUCACUAACAUACGACGAACUUGACGUCUUGCGGAUACAAUACCAGAAAGAACUUUCACAGACCCAUGUCACUAUCCAAACCAAGUUUAACUAUGCUUGGGGACUCGUAAAGAGCCCAGUGCGGGACCAUCAGGUCGAGGGGGUUAGAAUUUUGCAAGACAUCUAUCGCGGAGAGCCAACGCGGCGGCGAGAAUGUCUAUACUAUCUGGCGCUCGGUCACUAUAAGAUGGGCAACUUUGACGAAGCAAAACGAUUCAAUGCGCUCUUGCUGGAGAAAGAACCCAGCAACCUGCAAGCACAAUCGCUUGCACAACUUAUCGACAAAGGUGUCGCACGAGAGGGUUACAUCGGCAUGGCUCUCGCAGGUGGCGUCGCGGCCAUCGGCACGAUUGUCCUUGCUGGCCUUAUACGGCGAGCAACCCGAAAGUAAAUUUUGUUGCACCAGCCAUCAACACUGCUCUCAUGAUACACCUAGUUAUGCCUGAUACCGACAUUAACGCUACUUAUAUGAUCCGUACUUCUCCGUAACGUUACACUUAAUUAUUCGUAAAGUCAGCAACGAACGAUCUUUCCCGUAUUCAAUACAUGUAUCCCUAUUACCACUGUCACAUAAGUAGUUGGCAAAUGGAACCCAUUUAGAUC